GUAGUGCUACUGCUUUAGUUUCUGUGUGUGUGCAAGAAUUAUGAAAGUAAACCAAAUACAGAAAUAAAGUAGUAUUUCUGUUCAACCAAUAAUUCUUUUAAAUAAUUUUAAUAAUAACAUGGGUAUUUUUUGUAUUUUUACAUUAGGAUAGAGGGCAAAAAGUUCAGUAUGUACUCUGUUUUCAAAUUUUAUAUGUAAUUGGAUUGUGCAGGAAAAAACUCAGAAAAAGAAGUUUAAAAUGGCUGCACUUACUCAGAGGUUGAAAGAACUUGAUGAUAUAGAAAGGGACAUAACAACGGCUAUGCAGAGUGCAGGCCAAGCAAUUCUGGAACUAAGUAAAGACAAGCCAAGCCUGAAGCAAGUGGAAUCUCAGACAUCGAAUUUCGUAAAAACUUUAGAAAAUGUGGAAAAUGGUUUAACAAAGCACAUUACUUAUUUAACUCAAGUAUCAACAGGACAAGCACAUGAAGGCUCUAGUUAUGCUAGCCAGAAAGACCUCAGCAUGGCUUGGCACAGAAUUCAUCAUGCUCGUGCUCGACUAAUGGAACUGGAGAGGUUAAAAAAUAAACAUAUGCAGUAGCAGCUAGAAUAUGAUGGUUAACACUUUAUAGCUUAACUAAGGGUAUGAACAUUAUCUGAACUUGUGUACUGAUGAAGGACUACGCACUAUCUGAGAAGUAUUCCCACUACAAAUUCAAGUAUGAUGCGAAGGAUCCAAGAUAUGUACAAUAUCUUUUGUUUUAUUUUUGAAAACAUUUGAUAAAUACAUUGUGUAAAAGCUUGGUUUUUCUUUUAAUUUGGCUAAGUAUGUUUUUUAUAAAUACUUAACUUCCAUUUAUAAAAAGUAUAAUAUUAGAUUAUUGUUAUAUUUUUAUUUCUGUAGUUAUUCUGUGCAUUGUAAAUAAAAUGGAUUGUCCAGUCA